AUGUCGUCAUGGAUAGUUACUGUUGUCUAUGUAGGAGGAAUGUUAAUGGUGAUGAGCUUAUUUUCUUAUACAUGGCGUAGACGAAAAGCUGCAUCAGCGAUUCUUGUACCGUGGUUUCCCGAUCACACAACUCGAGAUACUUAUAUUUCUCUAUUACAACAAACUGAUCCUCCAGCUACCGAAUUACAACUAAGAGCUGCGUUAUUACGUAGAGCUAUGACAAAUGUUGAAAGAAUAAUUAAACUUAGGGAGAAUCGUCCAGCUCUUCUUUCUUUAGUACAAAAAGGUGCUGUGGGUGAUGGAUUAUGGAGUUCUUUUCAAAAAGCUGAACAAGAACUUCAACAAGAUGUAAUAGAAGUUACUCAAGAAGCUGAAACUUUUAAAAAGAAUUGGGGACAAACUAUUUUUCAUACUGCUAACGAAAUG